AUGCCAAAACAGGAAUUUGAAUUCGUGGAUUACCUUGGUCCACUGGCUGUUUCAGUUUGUUUUGCUGUAAUUUUGUUCUUUCUAUCACUUAUCAUCAAUUUCAUUUGGAUUACAAAGGAAGAUGAUCGAACAUUUGGAUCGACUUUCGAUCUUCGAUGUGGAGUUCAUCGAAUGCGUCAUCGACCUAAUAGGGUCAUUGUUUUUUUUGCUGGCCAUUUUUAUAUCAUUAAACUGAUACCUUCGAAGGCCUUCCUUCGAAUGUUAUUUUAG